AUGUAUUCGCAUAUGUCAAUAUCUGCUUUCUCGCUGCUGGCCAGUUUGAUCGCUUUGAUAGAUGCAUAUCCUACACAAUAUCUAACACCCGGUUCAUCAGAAACCCUCUCUAAUUCCAAUCAACCACAAACUCCUCUUAACCUCUAUACUACCACAUAUCUCCAUCCCUCUCACGCCGGAAUCCUUAACUUCUAUCCACCUUCUUUCUCAUCCUCUUCAUCAUCCUCCUCCUCACCCCUCCCAAUCCCCUUCACCCUAUCCUCCACCUGUCCACAACUCCAUCAAUCCCGGACAAGCUUAACCAACAACCUCCUCUCCAAUCUCCAUCUCCUCUACCCUAACGGUCCCACUUCCUCUCCCUAUUACACAUUUUCACCUGGCUCUUCAUCAUCCUCUUCCUCCUCCUCAUCUCCCUCUACUUCUCCCCAAAACCAAAAUCAAGAUACAUACACCCUCUCCACAACCAGCACCCAACCCAGCACACAAAAAACCACCUCCUUCAAAACCACCCUCUACAUCUCCAUCACACCCUCCACAAAAGCAGGAGUUUCAGAUAUUUCUAAAGAAGAAUGGAAGAUGUUUUUGGGAAUGUUGGGGUUAGUUAAUAGAGGGGUAAGCGAGGAGAUGAAAGGGAUGGGAUGGGGGAAAUUGGGGAUGAGGGGGGAGAUUCCUAGGGUACGAGGUGGAGUGGCUUUGGAUUCUUUAAAAGGGAGGGAGAAGAGGAGAUUGGGACCUUCGGAUGUGGUUUUUCCUUCUUCUUCUUCUUUGUAUCCUGGAGAGGAGGAGGGUGAAGGAGAAGGAGAAAAUGAAAAUGAAAAUGGAAUCCAAAACAAACCCAAACCCCAAAAAGUUUCAUUCACAUACACAGCAACAUGGAUAUACUAUGGUAUUAGCAUCGACGAAACAGGAAAAGAGAUAUUGAGGGAAUGUUCACAGAUACCUUUAAGUGCGCAAAUGCAUACGGGUAUUAAAAUUGAUUCUGAGGGGAAGAGGGAGAGUGGGAAUGGAAAAAGUGGUUAUGAGGGUAGAGUUAAGGACGAAGUGGAGGGGGAGGAAGAUAGGUGGAAGAUUGAUCUGUAG